AUGGAUACAAUGUUGAGAAAUAAUAUUCCCUUUAUUGGCUAUAAAGUAUCAGCUUUUACAAACGAUGAUCUAAAACUAGCUCUUAUUACACCACUAGUGAACUGGACUUUGGUUUACAUCGGUCCUCAUACUUUGUGCCAUCCAGAGUUUCAUGGUUCCAGAGACUACGGGAAAUCUACGAGACUAAAUGCCUCCGACUUCAUUACCUUGGAAAAUGAGAUUUCUAUUAUUCAUCGAUUGCAGAAUGAAACAUUGCCUAAGCUUCUAGAUGAUCUAGAUGUUCUAUUAUUAUUAGUACCUGAAAACAAAGUAUCUGAAAGAACAAGAGCACAAAAGGUGUCCUUAUCGCUAAUUAGCGAUUUCUUCCAGAUAAUCUUUGGGUUAGGAAAUAUGAAAGACUAUACAGAGGAUGAUCUGUGGCACCAUGUUUAUUACGUGUCUUUAUGUGUUGAAAUACUGAAUGCGGCGCCGGAAGGGCAGGGCGCGUUCAUGUGCAGCUAUUCGGCGAACAAAGAUAAGGCCUGUUUGAUGGUGACCAGUAAACCUUGGCCUACUUACGCUUGCAAAACCAUAGGCCUUGAGGAAAACGAUAGAAAAGAUGGGAGAAAAUGGAGGGAGGAGAUGAACGAUAGAAGGGGAAAUGAAUUUAGUCACAAGGGCUCUCCUUACCGCAAGAAACAAAUAGUA